CAAUUUGGUUUGACAAAAAAACAAACAAAUAAUUUGAGCAGUUUUUAUCAUCUGACUUUGAUGAAACACAAAAAUUGGCUCUUAUGAUUCUCACCACCGGAGCCGCUUCAACAAUUCCCAUCGCCGCUCGAGUUUUUAACGCUAUGAAUCGCCGAAUGUAUGCUGCUGCUACUCUAUCAUCUGCCAAAUCCAUCUCCGCAGAAUCCCUAAAUCCUCGUCCGGAUUCCAAUUUCGAUUCAGGAGCAGCCAUUGGAACUUCUGAGUCUGAGACUCGAGUCUCUUUAAGGAAGAAAAGGCUAAAGCAGGAAGAUUUGGAGCCUGUGCAGCAAUGUUCCAGCAGAGGAAUCAAUGCCCGCAAGGAGAUGUGUGGAUUGCCUGAUAUAGAAGAGUCUCCUUACAAGAAGACUAAUGGAUCUGCUUCAUCUAGGACGUCAAAAAUAAACUCAUUUAUAAAAUCAACAGAAGCUAGCACUUCGAUCAAAACAGCAGGCAUACCACCUGAAAACUGGAAAAAAGUGCUCGAGGGUAUUCAAAAAAUGAAAUCUUCAGAAGAAGCACCGGCUAAUGCUGUAGAAUGUGAUAGAACCGGAAGCUUUUUACCUCCAAAGGAAAGGCGAUUUUAUGUGCUCAUAGGAACACUUCUUUCAAGUCAGACUAAAGAGCACAUAACUGGUGCUGCAGUAGAACGACUUCAUCAAAAUGGCCUUCUCACUCCUGAAGCCAUUGACAAAGCCGAUGAGUCAACCAUUAAGGAAUUGAUCUAUCCGGUUGGAUUCUAUACUAGAAAGGCUACUAAUGUGAAGAAAGUUGCAAAAAUUUGUCUAAUGAAAUAUGACGGUGACAUUCCAAGGACUUUGGAAGAACUACUCUCACUUCCAGGAGUUGGUCCUAAGAUUGCUCAUCUGGUUUUGCAUGUAGCCUGGAAUGAUGUUCAAGGGAUCUGUGUAGACACACAUGUGCAUCGCAUUUGCAAUAGACUUGGUUGGGUGUCUAAACCAGGAACAAAACAGAAAACCUUGUCCCCUGAGGAAACUAGAGUAGCUCUGCAACAAUGGCUUCCAAAAGAAGAAUGGGUGGCUAUUAACUUUCUGUUGGUAGGAUUUGGACAAACGAUAUGCACACCGCUAAGACCACGCUGUGGAACUUGUAGUAUCACUGAGCUUUGCCCUUCUGCCUUUAAGGAGACCCCGAGCACAUCAUCCAAAUUGAAGAAAUCUAUCAAAAGCAAGAAGCUUUAGUCGCUUUGGCUGUGUAUUACUCCUUCUAGAUCAUUUUUUAACCCAUUUUGUGAUUAGUUAGUCCUCGGUAAAAGUUAAAUUGUACCCAAGAAAUUGUAUAGCUUUACGGGGAAUGCAAGAGCAUCCCACUUGUGUAACAUAAAGACUGAAACUUGGGCAAGUAUACUUUUAAUUGAUUAUUACGAAAAAAGCUUAUAAGAUAAUUCAAGAACCUUUUAAAUGU